UAAGCCAGUGGUCAGCUAGGGAGAAUCGCAGUCAUUUCAAUCUGCUCAUACAGUUCAAUUGGCAUUUAUAUUAAUUAUAAAGAUAUAUUAAUUUUGAAGAUCUCCAAGUCUAAAUAAAAUUUUGGAAAAUAAUUGAAAUUUAUUUAUCUUUUUUAUUUUAACUGUGUGAUUGUUCUAACGUUCAAUCAGACCUUAUGUGUCCAUGAGGUGCAAAGUUUUAGAUUGUCAAGGAAAUUCUCCAACAUUUUUAGCCAGUAUCAGGCUUGCCAAAAACCUCCGAACUCGUAAAGGAAGUCGAUGUGCUAAUUCCGGAAAUCGUCUGGAACUUCUGGUUCUUGUUCACUUACAUCACGUUCCAUAGAGGUCAGGUCAUUAAAUUACAAGAACUGCACUCCACCAAAGCAGUGAUCUAUCAGAGUUCAAAGUAAAAGUAUUAUAAAAAAUAACGUCGAGCCACUGUUGAUCACAGUGAAAGAUCAGUCGCUCAAAGAAGGAAAAUUUUUCAAGAAAAUUGAUAAGCAAAAUCAUAUAAAUUCAUUUCUGGUGCUAAAAGUUUUUUAUUAAAAUUCAAAAUGGUUCACACUGAUCACGGCAGCUCUUUGAAGGGCCCAUAUCAAGAAAUUAAAAAAGAAAAACAGACCUCAGACCAACAUAAAACAAGCUCAUCAAAAGAUUCUGGAACAAAAAUUGACAAAUAUGGUGUUUGGGGGCCGAUCUUCAAAAAUAAGCAAAACUUCAUCAAUAUGCACAUCUGUUGAAACAAUAAAUUACUCUGACUUCUCCCCUUACUGGCUACAAUGACCCAUGAUACAAUUUUCAAGAUUAUUCUCUCCAAAUAAUAUUAUUUUUAUGAUUUUACGGAUUAAUAAUGAUGGAAGAGAGAAUAUGAUAUAAUUAUGGACAAGAAUUAUUUCCUUCGCAAAGAGUAACGACUGAAUAUCUCGUACUUUGACUUUGUUUCUUGCAAAUAAAAAAAUUGUAAACAUGUUUUUAUUAGUUAAAAAGCACACUAGUCAUCAAAUUUAUGUAAAUAAGUUUUAUAUACACCGCAGAGAAUAGGAAUUUUCAUAUUGUAUACAUUCAACAAGUACAAAAGCUAUUAUUAUGUUUUAAUUAGACCAUACUCAAUUAUCAAAUAAUAAAUAUUAUUAUUGUAAACUCAAUAGAAGUUACAUUGAAUUUUUGCGAUAUUUCAGUUUUGAUUUGUUUUUCUUAUUUUUGCAAGGAACAAUCGGAUUUAACACUGCGAGAACAGUGGCUCGACGAUAUAUAUAUACAUAUAUAUAUAUAUAUAUAUAUAUAUAUAUAUAUAUAUAUAUAUAAUAAUUCAUUUAUGAUGACAUUGAUAAAAGUUUAAUUAACCUAUCUAAAUACUAUAUAAUAAUCGUCGUGCUUCACAGUUAUAUUAUUAUAUCAUUCGUUAUUUUGGCUUUAUGUAUUUUCCUUACAAUAAUUUUUACUCAUUUUUGUUACUAAUAAUGUGGUGUUUGUCGAUGGAAAAAAAAUAUGUUUGUUGAAUAACUAAUUAAAGGUGAUGGUAUUAUCUUGAUGUCUGAUGUCAUAAAAGCAUCAUUUACCAGUACAACACUGUUUCAUAAUUAGAGGUGUCUUUUUAUUUGUGUUCGAUUGACGUAAAUUCAUAAAGAAAAUAUUACACUGACUGUGUAAAUAAUAUAUAUUAUUUCUAUGAUUGCAUAAAAAAAAGAGGAUGUACCACAUACUGAGAAUUUAUAAAAAUAGUUCCUACACAAUUGAACACUCCCUCAUUAAUAUAAAAAAAGAAAACUACUAAAAGUUCCGGUCGGAAGUGAUGAAAAAAUGUAAGAUAAAAUAUUUAAUUUUAACUCGCACAUAUGAUUAAUGACAUUUAAAAUAUUUCCUUACUGCCUCAACAUUUUAUUCAUGUUCAUCUGGAUGUAACCAUCCUGAAAUUGAAUAUAGAAAAAAGGAAAGAAACAACAGGAGAAGGGAAAUAAAGUUAAAUAAUUUUUCAGCACGUGCUGGUUGAUGCCCUAUGUCUUUCGUUAUAGGAAUCGAAUGUGUAGGUGAUGGAUGUGACGCUAAUGGCUUUGGGUGAUUUGUAAAGAAUAGUUUACUGUGGAAGAAAGUGGAAAAAAAGGCAAACGAUUUUGUAAAAGGCUAUGGUAAAGAAUAAACUUUAUUUAGUAAGUAGACGAAGAAUUUGGUGUUGAUGAUGAACUAACGCCUACUUUUGAUAAUUUUUUUUUCCUUAUUACGUGUAUAAAAGUCUAUAGUUUCUACUUUUAUUUAGGCAAUAAAACUACAUACUAAAAAUUGUAUGUAUUAAAAGAUAGGCUUUAUCAUAUAAAUAAUUUUAUUCUUGCUAAGAAGAUAAGAAAGCAAAAAUCUGCACAUAUUUUUUUAUAAUAUUAUAGUAAAGUUUUUUAUCGUAUUAUGUCUAAUAUAUUGUCUUUAAAGAAAUUUGAAUACUUUAUUCUUAGUUUACACAGAUGCAGGAAGAAUUGAGAAAUUAAUCUAUAUUUACACUAUUAAUAAAUAAAAUUUUGUAUUUACAUCAUACAUUAAAAACUAUAACUUUACAUAUUAUUCUAAAAUAUUAUCUAUGGUAAAUAAAGAUAAUAAAAGUAAUGUGUCACGUUACCUUACACAAUUUAUAUAUAAAAGCUGUCGGCUUCCGAGUAAUAAUCGAUAGUAAUUUUGAAUCUACCCGCACAAUAACUUAAUAAUUCGGAUUAAGAAUAAAUCCGUUUUGUACUAAAAUGUGGAUAAAAUUAUUAACUAUUUUUAUAUUUGCAAAAUUAUGUGUUUCUCAAAAAGUUAACGAUAUAAUUAUUGGAAAAGAUAAUAUUCGAAGUUUAGUAGCUGUUUUCCAUACUCCUAAUAAACUGUCUUUAACUGAUGAUUUGAUCUAUGAUUAUCAGUGUCCAGGAAUCUUAAUUCAUCCACGAGCAGCACUUGUUUUAUCUUAUUGUUGGUCACACCCUUCUCAGACUCUGGAUGCAGUGGUUCGUUCAUAUGAUUGGUUGGGUUCUAUAAAAAUAGAUAAACGAGAAACGUAUCAAGAGAGAAGUGUCACGGAAAUACUGAAUUUUGUUUCAUAUGAUUCUGCACAAAGUACUGCAAGUCAUUUAAAUAUUCUAGUUCUUUCAGAAGCAUUCGAAAUUAGAUCGACAACUGGCAUUAUCCCAUAUAAUAGCUACUCCAAUCGAGGAGAACCAACUAGAAAUGAAUGUUUUACCAUUUAUAUUGAAGGAAAUGUUACUAAAGGUUUAUCUUUGAAAACAUUUCCAAUCUGGCCGACGAAUUUAGUAGGCUGUUGUAUGAACUGGCAACCCUCUUUGCUUUCUUCUAAUGAUUUUGCAGGAGAAUUGAAUAAAUGUGUUGCAAAGUUAAAUGGGCUUACCUGCUAUGAAUCUAUUAAUUCAAGACCUUGCACUAAUCUCGACGCUAUGGGUGCUGCUGUAUUUUGUCAAAAGCAAGAAACUCCUGGUGAAUACUAUUUACGUGGAUUUCUAGCUGAUAGGAAGAAAUGUAAAUUUGUAAUAACACACAUUGGUGAACAAAAAUGGUGGAUUCGUCAAGAGUUGGAUUUGUUAGAAGAUAAUUCUCACAUCGAAAAUCGCUUAUAUAAACUCAUUACUUCACGAUAAGUUUUAUCAAUCAAGUUCAUAGAAAAAUAUUUAUAUUUUCAUAUAAAUAAGUAAUAAAUUUCAACUAUAUAUCACCGUAAAAAUGUUAAAUUUUUUUUUUUUAAAGAUAUUGCAUUGCACAAAACGAAAAUUUAAUUAAUCGAAUAAGUUAGUAAAAUAUAG